AGCAAUGCUCGGCUAGCGUUGGCAGCUUUGCAGGUGUCCGGGCUAUUCAAUGGUACAAGCUCUUUUGCGACCUUGCCAGCCAUUGCGAGUGCACACGGGCUCGGCCUCUCAAACCGUUGCCACUUUGGCUAUUGCUACUAGCCGGUCCGCGCUGGAUUCUUGUAUCUUCUGAGUACAAGACCAGCGGAAUGAAGUCCUUUCUCGUGGCUUUGCUGGCAGUGGCAGUUGCGCCUGCCACUAGCCAUCUCUUCUUGGAAGUGCACAACCACAAGCUCACGAGGGAGGCUGCUGAUCCAGCUCCGCCAACACCAGAAGCAGGACCACAGGCGCUGCCACAGAAGCCCUUCUUUGGGGCACAGGAGCUCGUCCUCUUUGUCAUUGCGCCUGGUUCAGCUCUGCUGGGCCUGGCGUUUGUCAUCUUCAUCCGCUCCUUAGAGGCUCGGCAAGUCGACACCACCAACCACAAUGCGGGUGAGUGGCAUCAGGACCAGGAGGUGGUGGAGCGAGAGCCUGAGAGCCUUGAUGAGGACGUAUAUGGGGCCGGCAUUGCAGCACUGGUGCGCGACUCCUACAGCUUGGUGGAUGGCAAGGGUGAUUUGGUGCUGCGGGUCUCCCGCUUGAUGAGCAGCUUCCUGCUGAUGGCCUUUGUUGUGUGUUUGCAGAUCUUUGUGAUAUUGCAGAUGCAGGCAUUGGUUGCCAGCAGAGCUGUGACGGAGAUCCGGCAGAUCUACGGGAGAUACGAAUUCGUCAUGUACGGUGCGGAUGUGACCCACAACUAUCUCACCCCGAACGGCUUCCCUCGCGGGCUUGACCAGAAGUACUUCGAGUCGGCCAACUUUGCUCGUUUGACGGACGACGAAAAGGAUUUGGCAUGUAACAUCCCGUUCUCGCAAAUGCAGAUCUUGGUCCCCAUCCUUUUCAUUUGGACGCUUACGAUAGUGGCUGAUUUGCGUCGUUGCGGAGACCUCUUUGUGCGCCUGAUCCUUGCCACGCCUACCAUUGGCAGCAUGAAGGACGCAGUGGUGGAAGGCGAUGGCGAGUGUGAGAUUGUCGCCGGCCUCACCAAGGAAGUCAAAGGUUUGCUGAUGUUUACUUGCAUGAUCCCACGUUGGAUCAUUGACGUGUACCUCCUUUGGCUGGGAUGCCGCUGGCUUUGCGCAACGCCGAACUUCGGCGACCUCUUGCUCAAUUCUGUUGCCUUGGAGUUCAUUGUGCUGCUCAAGGACACUCUCUUCAUAGGUGUGGUGCCAGACCGCAACAAACGCGCAACACAGAGCACAUUGAUCCAACCCUGGCAGAGGAUGGAGCCAGCCAACUACCGUGUUUUUCUUUCAGCAUUCCUUCUGAUGCUGGUGUCCUUCAGCUGGGUCUACUACUACAUCUAUCGCUUCCAGGCCGUCCUUCCUGACUACAAGUGGGACGUCCACGCGGUCUGCCAGAGCUACAUCAGGUCCAUUACCUCUGGCAAAGCGAGGUGAAGUUAGAUGUCAAGAUGCAGUUGGUGAGAAACGUCUGGAGUCAGAA